CUGGAAAUGCAUACCUAGGUACAUAGUAGUAGUAGCGAAGUUGAUUGCUACCUUCACCUUCCCGAUAUGGCUCCUAGAUCCUUAGUGUUCGCUCUCUAUCGACUGGACGAGAUUCCCCGGGGAACACGUCGUGUGGUCCUAACGAGACUCGUAUCUGUGGAUCUGGCACAUGCCUUGGUCUAGGGUUCGCAAGAGUCCCUGUAAACGUUUCACUGCUUAUCUAUAAUAGUAGGUACCUUAAAUCGCAAUGACAGGCUGCUGCACGGUGCUCCCGAUGCGACGUGAGAUAUUGGGGAGGUAACCUUGUUCAGCCAUAUUAAAGAAGCGCACCGCCCCUUCGUCAGAUGCGAUGCGAUGCGAUGCGACUCGAUUUGUCUCCCAUACUUUGAUACACCCAAUCUAUCGGGUCGCUUUGGCUUUUGUCUUUAGUCAGACUAAAGCCACCAUAGCGUAACUCAAAGGUGUGUAUCCAAGCAACUACUUUGCUGUAGUCAUACAGCAAGAUACGUAGGGAAGGACGUGUAUAUCAAUCAGCCAAGGGCCACAUCCUGAGAUUUCGAACUCCCAACCUUUCCUCUUACCAACGAUCAAUCAACCAACAUAGCUGCACAUUUGAGUCUGUCAACAGCAGCCAUGGCUUCGACUGAGACCCAUCCGGCGCACGUCGCCGACCCCACCGUCAAGACGACGACACUCGAGAAAGAGAUUGACGAGAAAGUCGAUGCUAUCGAUAUCGACUCCCAAACCGUCGAGCCUGAGCUUGACCUCUACGUGCCACUAAAGAUGGACGGUAGCAUCAUCGACCAUCGCGAUCCCCUCACGAUACGCGCUGUCAUCGUCGGUAUCAUAUUAGGCUGUCUUGUCAAUGCAUCUAACCUGUACCUAGGUUUGAAAACUGGAUUUACCUUCGCGGCUUCUAUGUUCGGAGCCAUUUUCGGAUAUGGCAUAAUCAAGCUAUGCUCGAAGACCAAUCUGCCUAUCAUCGGUGGUUCUUUUGGACCUCAAGAAAAUUCGAUUAUUCAAGCCGCGGCGACGGGUGCGGGUGGAAUUUCUGGCAUCUUCGUAGCCGGUAUCCCUGCAAUGUAUCAACUCCAUGCAGAAGAAGGCAACCCUAAAGACGACUUCGGUGCCAUUCUCACAAUCACCCUGGUCUGUUCCUUCUUCGGCCUCUUCUUCGUUACUCCCCUUAGAAAGUUCUUUAUCAUCCAAGUCGCCCGAGAAUUGAAGCUACUUUUCCCGACUGCUACGGCUGUAGCCUUAACCAUCAGGUCGAUGCACGCUGGCGCUGCCGGUGCUAGGGAAGCUUUGAGCAAACUGAAGGCUCUCAGCUUGGCCUUCACGGUUGCUCUCGUCCAGCGUGUAGCAUCUUACUACGCCGUUGGAAUCUUAUACGACUGGCACAUUUUCACUUGGAUUUUCAUCUGGUCCGAUUAUACCGCUACUACAGCAAUGACCAUUGAAAGUUGGGGUUGGUGGUUUGAGUGGACACCUGCCUUUAUCGGCAGCGGUAUGCUCAUCGGAAUGAACUCGGCCCUCUCUUUAUUCGGUGGCGCUUUUAUCGCCUGGGCUAUUAUAGGGCCUGUUCUCGUACACUACGGCACAUGUGUCGGCGUGCAGCAGGUCGACGAUCCGCAAUGGGCUUCUUGGUACUCCUACGCCUCUCUGAGUAACUUGGGACAUACGACUCCCAGUCCAAGAUACUGGCUACUUUGGCCUGGCGUGAUGAUAAUGGUGUGCACAUCGAUGGCUGAACUUUUUGUGCAAUAUAAGGUCAUCGGGUACGCUGGCCAGGUGAUUUGGCAGAAGGCUUGCGCCAACAUCAACACCGUUUUGGUCAAGUAUGGUAAGACCUCCAACUAUUUCGCGUCGCGUGCUGCGAAAGAAGUGAAAGCAGCCGAAAACAUCAUCGAAGAUCCAGCGGCACCACAAGACCAGGUAUCGCUGUGGAUGUGGGCCACUGGCCUCAUCGUCACGAUCGCCGCCGCUAUGGUCAUCUUCGCGUUGCAAUGGGGAAUGCAUCCUGGACUGACAAUCUUGGCUUGUCUUUUGGGCUUUUUGGUAAGUACGAAAACAUCUCGUUUGUAUAUUUGAAACCCCCUUUUAUAGAAUAAUCUUCCAACUUCUCGUAUGUUCAUUGCUAACUUCUCAUAGUGAGUUAAACAUUCCGAUAGGUUCGAGAAAACGGUGAAUAAAAUGCUAACAUAAGACACAAGGUUCUCAUUUUUAGCUAUUCAAAUUGGCGCCGUCACAGACCAAACUCCACUGACGGCUGCAUCGAAGGCAAGUCAGCUGAUUUUCGGUGCUGCUACCAAGAAUAGCGGGUUCUCGAUCAAGGACGCACAAAGAGUUAACUUGGUUGCUGGCGGUCUCGCUUCGGGAGGUGCUGACGUAGCAUCAUCACUUACGGCUGACUUCCGCACUGGAUUCUUGCUGGGUACACCACCUAUCAAGCAAUGGUAUGCACAAGGUCUUGGAACGAUGAUCUCGAUCUUUCUCGCCCCUGGGAUGUUCGUUCUGUUCACGUCGGCAUACCCAUGCAUUCUCGACGCGGGGGCCAAGCAUUGCGCUUUCGCUGUGCCAUCAGUUGCAGCGUGGGCAGCUGUCGCACAGGCCGUCACCGAUCCAGCAGUAAGCAUUCCCUUGACAUCGGGAAUAUUCUCUAUCGUCAUGGGUGUUUUCUGCAUAGGGCAGGUCGUCUUCAGACACUUCUACCUUGUAGGCGAGCGUGAGAAAUACCGCGAGUAUCUUCCUAACUGGGGUGCGAUAGCGUUGAGUUUCGUACUUCCGAAU